ACAAGAGCACAUCAAGCUUGACUGGAAUGGCAACAGCAGCCAGCUAGUCAACAGAAGAGCACGGCCGGGCACCAAGGUCAUUGUCCGGCCGUGCUCACCUUGAGCUGUGACCAUGGCCGUCAGUUCCAUUGAUGCCGCCGGCAGCAAGGGCCGGCGGUAUGGCGGGAGAAUCACCAUGUUCGUGGCGCUCUCCUGCGUCACGGCGGCCAUGGGCGGCGCCAUCUUCGGCUACGACCUCGGAACCUCAGGCGGCGUGUCGUCCAUGGGGUCAUUCCUCAAGGAGUUCUUCCCGGACGUGUACCGGCGGAUGAAGGGCGACGUGCGCGUCAGCAACUAUUGCAAGUUCGACAGCCAGCUGCUGACACUCUUCACCUCCUCGCUCUACAUCUCCGGCCUGCUCACCGCGACGCUCCUCUCGUCUUGGUUCACGGCCAGGCACGGUCGCCGGCCGUCCAUGAUCAUCGGCGGUGUGGCGUUCCUCGCUGGAGCGGCGGUCAGCGGCGCAGCCGUGGAUGUCUACAUGGCCAUCCUGGGCAGGGCGCUGCUCGGCGUUGGUCUUGGGUUCGCCAAUCAGCUGAAACAAAAUUUGCAGGCAGUUCUUUUGUACCUGUCUGAAAUGGCUCCUGCACGAUAUCGUGGAGCAUUCAGCAACGGCUUCCAACUCACCCUAUGUCUUGGCUCUCUCGCCGCGAACGUCAUCAACUUUGGUGCGGACAAGAUCACCGGAGGCUGGGGCUGGAGGCUCUCGCUGGGCCUCGCCGGGGUCCCCGCCGCGUUCUUCACCCUCGGCGCCAUCUUUCUGCCGGAGACGCCGAACAGCCUCGUGCAACAAGGCUUGGACCGUCACAAAGUCAAAGCACUGCUGCAGAAGAUCAGAGGCACGGACGCCGUCGACGACGAGCUGGAUGACAUCGUCGCGGCGAACAGCGUGGCGCAGGGCGGCGGCAACGGCCUGUGGCUGAUCGUUUCGCAGCGAAGAUACCGGCCGCAGCUUGUAAUCGCUGUCCUGAUGCCGGCGUUCACGCAGCUUAGCGGGAUCAAUGCCAUCGGGUUCUACGCGCCGGUGCUGCUGCGCACGGUCGGCAUGGGCGAGAGCGCGUCCCUGCUGUCCACCGUCGUGACGGUCCUCAUCUACACGGCGUCGACGAUAGUAUUCAUGUUCGUCAUCGACCGGUUCGGCCGGCGAACGCUCCUCAUCGCCGGCAGCCUCCAGAUGCUCGUCUCCGAGUUGCUGAUCGGCACCAUCAUGGCGGCCAAGCUCGGGGACGAGGGCGGGAUGGGCCACGCCUACGCGGCGGCCCUGUUCGUCCUCCUCGGCGUGUACGUGGCCGGGUACAGCUGGUCGUGGGGACCCAUGACGUGGCUGGUGCCCACCGAGGUGUUCCCGCUGGAGAUCCGGUCGGCGGGGCAGAGCAUCACGGUGGCGUCGGGGUUCGCGUUCACCAUCUUCGUCGCGCAGGGGUUCCUCGCCAUGCUGUGCCGGAUGAAGGCAUGGCUGUUCUUCUUCUUCGCCGGGUGGAUCCUGGCGAUGACGGCUUUCGUGUACCUCUUCUUGCCGGAGACGAAGGGGCUGCCCAUCGAGCAGAUCGGGAAGGUGUGGAGGGAGCACUGGUUCUGGAGGAGGGUUGUGGAGGUGGAUCAACUGCAUGCCAGUGACAAGCUGUGAAACAGCUUCUCAGACGUGUGUUCUUUCAGACAAAAACAUUCAGCAUGAUAUCUUGCCGUGAAGAUCUCUGACCGAGACGUACAGCCACUGCAAAAUAUCUCUCUUGUUAGUUCCUGUUUGUUUCAGCUAAGUAUUAUAAAAAGCAGUUUAUAGUAUGUAGAUGGUAAAAAGUUGGAUUAUAAAAAACUGAAGAUUAAAAAGUUAAUAGAUGUUUAGUAAUUUAGAUUCAAGGAAGGUUAGAUUGCUGCUUUUAGAUGUUAAAAGUUUGUAAUACCCUCAACUGUUUUGGGUGCUCGAAACUGAAAGUCCGAUGAGUAUUUUGGUCUUUUCGCA